AUGAUGCCGAGCCUCAGGAGUAACAAAGUGAAGCAGCAUGAAGAGGCUUCAAGGCAUCAUAGUAAGGAGUUGGCCACGUUGAAGAAGGAAUGGGAUGACCUUCCUACGGCGCUUCUAUUCGAGGAGCUUGAGGUGAAUCCUUGGCCAGUUGAUGGGCUGAUUCUGGUGCUUCAGCAUGACUCUGCGGUGAACCUUCCACCGCUACCAUCACAGAGGAGCACACCAGUGACGUCGCCUGGCCGGCACGCGACCCCUCGGCUGCCGAGGGAGACUCCUGAACACACACCUGAGCGAGUUAAGGACGAACCUGAUGAGAGGAUGGGGAGUGAUGAUGAGGAGCAUGGUAUGGUGCAAGGGGAAGAGAGGAUGGACUGUCGAGCACUGGGGAAGGCUGUCUUGAUGGAUCUCACUGAAGAGGAACUCGCUGGGGUGGAGAAGGCUCUGUCGUCGAUCAAGUCGACCAUGUUCUCCCUCGAGGAAGAGAUACAGAAGAUGCAACCCAACACUAGGGCUAUUGAAGACUAUAAGAAGAAGGCUGCCGACUACAAGAGGAAGAAGGACGAGCUCGACGCGGUUACUAAGGAUCGCGAUAAUGUACGCAGUCAGCUGAAGCAAUUGGAGAACGAUCGCCUCACUAUGUUCCUCACAGGCUUCCACGUGAUUCGGGAGAAACUGAAAGAGCUGUACCAGAUGAUAACCCUCGGAGGGGAUGCUGAUCUCGAGCUUGUGGACGGGCAGGACCCCUUCUCUCUGGGGAUAUCCUUCUCUGUGCGGCCGCCCAGGAAGAGCUGGAAGCAGAUAGCAAAUCUUAGUGGUGGAGAGAAGACCCUGGCUUCGCUCGCUCUGGUAUUCGCAUUGCACCACUAUAAGCCGACGCCACUGUACUUCAUGGACGAAAUAGACGCAGCACUCGAUCAACGCAAUGUUGCUAUCAUCGCCAACUACAUCAAGGAACGAACACAGAACGCUCAGUUUAUCAUCAUUACUCUCAGGAAUUCUAUGUUUGAGUUGGCGGACCUACUGGUUGGUAUAUGCAAGACUCAGGAUAGGAGUAAGAGUGGAGAGAUUACUAUCUCUGGCAACAUCGGUUUCCCUGAGGAGGACAUGGAAGUCGAUGGUGAUGAAGAGGAGGACGAUAGCGAUCUCGACGAGGACAUUGAGGGACCUAUCCCUGUGGCUAUGGAGUCUGGGGAUGAGGACGAAGAGGAGGAUGAGGAGGAAGAGGAAGAGGGAAAGAUUGAGGAAAUCACUGAGGAGCCCAUAGCUGGCCCCAAGAAGGCCGCUGUUGAGGAGAAGAAACCCCAACAGAAAAUCCCUGCUAAAAAGACUCCCGAGAAGAAACCCGAAGUGAAGGAAGUCAAGAAGACCAUCGAGAAGAAGGAGGAGCCCAAGAAGCAAGAGCCCAAGAAACAACAGCAGAAGGAAGAACCUGUUGUGCGCACCAAAACUUUGGCGGGCGGCCUCAAGUAUGAGGUUAUUCGUCCCGGCCACGGUGGCACUCCUUGCCCUGCCGGUAAAACUGCGAAGGUGAGGUACGCUGGUCGUUUGGCGAAGAAUGGAAAGCAGUUCGAUAAGGGUUCCAUCAACUUCCGUGUGGGCAUGGGUGAAGUCAUCAAGGGAUGGGAUAUGUCUGUGAAGGGUAUGCAGGUCGGAGAGGUCCGUAAAUUGUUCGUGCCUGCACAUCUUGCUUAUGGCCGCGGUGGCGCUCCUCCCGCUAUUCCUCCGAACGCCGAUCUUGUCUUCGACAUGGAGUUGCUCAACAUCCAAGGUGGCAAGAAGAAGGCCGGUCGCCGUUAA